AUGGCCACUGUCAUUCCUGGUGAUUUGUCAGAAGUAAGAGAUACCCAGAAAGUCCCUUCAGGGAAACGUAAGCGUGGUGAAACCAAACCAAGAAAAAACUUCCCUUGCCAACUGUGUGACAAGGCCUUUAACAGUGUUGAGAAAUUAAAGGUUCACUCAUACUCUCACACAGGAGAGAGGCCCUACAAGUGCACACAACAAGACUGCACCAAGGCCUUUGUUUCUAAGUACAAAUUACUAAGGCAUAUGGCUACUCACUCUCCUGAGAAAACCCACAAGUGUAAUUAUUGUGAGAAAAUGUUUCACCGCAAAGACCACCUAAAGAAUCACCUACACACACACAAUCCCAACAAAGAGGCCUUUAAGUGUGAAGAAUGUGGCAAGAACUACAACACCAAGCUGGGGUUCAAACGGCACCUGGCUUUGCAUGCUGCGACGAGCGGUGACCUCACCUGUAAGGUAUGUUUGCAGACUUUUGAAAGCACGGGAGUGCUGCUGGAGCACCUGAAGACGCACGCAGGCAAGUCGUCGGGUGGAGUGAAGGAGAAGAAGCACCAGUGUGAACACUGUGACCGUCGGUUCUACACCCGCAAGGAUGUCCGCAGACACAUGGUAGUGCACACUGGAAGAAAGGACUUCCUCUGUCAGUACUGUGCACAGAGAUUCGGGCGGAAGGAUCACCUCACGCGCCACAUGAAGAAAAGUCACAACCAGGAACUUUUGAAGGUCAAAACAGAGCCAAUGGACCUUCUAGAUCCCUUUACCUGCAACGUUUCUGUGCCUAUUAAGGAUGAGCUGCUUCCGGUGAUGUCUUUACCUUCCAGUGAACUGACAUCAAAGCCAUUUACAAACACUUUGCAAUUAAAUCUCUACAACACUCAGAUUCAGUCCAUGCAGAGUUCUGCAUCUGCACACCAAAUGGUUGCCACGUCGUUACCGUUGGGAAUGCCUUGCCCCAUAGACAUGGAGUCUGUCCACCCUUCUCACCAGCUCUCGUUGAAAUACCCACUCGGUACUACCUCAUACGCAAUUUCUAUGCCUGAAAAAGAACAGCCAUUGAAAGGGGAAAUCGAAAGUUACCUAAUGGAGUUGCAAAGUGGUAUGCCUUCUUCAUCCCAGGAUUCUCAAGCAUCUUCAUCAAAACUAGGUCUGGAUCCACAAGUAGGGCCACUAGAUGAUGGGUCUGGGGAGGUUUCCCUUUCCAAGGGCUCCGUUCCUAUUAGUGAACCUCUGAACACCCCAUCGUUGGACUUCUCUCAGCUCUUCAACUUCAUCCCCGUUAACGGCCCUCCCUACAACCCUUCUGUGUCGGUGGGAAACCUCGGAAUGAGUUACACGCAAGAGGAGGCACAUUCUUCUAUGACUCAGCUUCCACCACAAACCCAGGAUCCACAAGAUCCUAGCAAUAGUAUAGGUCUUGGGUCUCUGCACUCGUUGUCAGCAGCUUUCACAAGCAGUCUAAGCACAACCACCACCCUACCACGAUUUCAUCAAGCUUUCCAAUAG